AAGCAUCACCUCAGAGACUGAAACUGACAGGCAUUUGGCAGCUGCUGAACCUCUCUCAGCAACAUGUGCCAUCUUUGAGGUGGUGUCAGCACAGCAGUCGAGCAAAGCUGUGCAGGAGCUGCUCCCAGAGUUGUUUCCUGUUCUCCUGCAGCAGGUCAGCCGAACCUCAGGACAAAAGAUGCCUUUGCCAAGGAUAAGCAGCUGGAGCCUAUUCCAAACAGACCAACAACAUACUGAGGGCAACCCUUGCCGGUUUUCUGUCCAAGCGUUAGAAUCUGUGCUUUCUAAAGCUGGGAAUGAGAGACUGGUGAGAGUGCUCAGGACGCAGAAAACAUGGAUUCUGCUUGAAAACCCCCAGACUCACCAUGAGGGAGUGUGUCUGCUGGUGAGUGGUCUGCUAAGAUUUGGACUAAUAACACUUGAGAUCAUCCAGAGCCUCCUCCCUGGUUCUGAAGUGAUUGGUGAGAGCAUGAAAGCACUGGCCAAAGUCCUGAAGGAGCUGAAAGAGAAGGACAUCGGUUCUUCCUUCAAAGACCUCACCGAACAGAUCCGGGCCUACUUUGACGAUGCCAAAGAAAAUGCAGAACUGCUGGAGAACUUGUACAGCACCACCAUCGCGUCCUUCAGUAGCAGCUGGGAAGGGAUCCGGGCAGGUGCCGCCAACUUAGCUGGUGAGAGAUGA